AUGAUGUCGUCCAGUGAUCGAGGUUCGAGUAGUAACAAUUCGGCGGCGGCGGUGGUGGCCCCAGCUGCCACCGGCCGCGGAGGAGGAGGUCGAGGUCGGAGAGGCACUGCCUCUGUCCGUGAAGAUGGGACUGCCAGUACCAGCGCUACAGAUUCGCAGGCCCCUGCACGGGCGCCACCGCCACCACCACCUACUUCAUCCAAAAAUAUGAAAGCUAUGAGCACUAGCUUAAAACGUAUUCAAAAAGAAUUAGCAGAAAUCACACUGGACCCACCACCAAAUUGCAGUGCUGGACCAAAAGGCGAUAAUUUGUAUGAAUGGGUAUCUACAAUUCUUGGUCCUCCUGGAUCAGUAUAUGAAGGUGGAGUAUUCUUUUUGGAUAUACAUUUUACCCCGGAUUAUCCAUUCAAACCUCCUAAGGUCACUUUCCGUACUAGGAUCUACCAUUGCAAUAUCAACAGUCAGGGUGUGAUUUGUCUGGACAUUCUCAAGGACAAUUGGAGCCCAGCACUGACCAUAUCCAAGGUGCUCCUGUCCAUCUGUUCACUGCUGACUGACUGCAACCCUCAAGACCCUCUGGUAGGCAUUCUCUCUACCUCUCUCAGUCGUAGCUUUAUAGGUAAUUCUACGUCCUUAGAUGCAUUUUUUUUUCGCUUUCUGUUCGUUCUUUCAACUAAUGGAAUCUCAUCCUCUUCUCCCCAACUAUCCGAUCCUUCACUACUCAUCUUCAGUUCACCAUCAUCACUUCAUUACCUUCCUCAAGGGAGCUACUUCCACGAUUGUCGAUCCCCUUUAUUCUCUCCAAACUCUCUGGGGUAA